AUUUGCCAGUAGAUUAUUUUAUAAAAAUAUGGUUAAAAUCAUUAAAUUUAAUGCAAUUUUAUGAGUGUAAUGGAUUAAGGUUCAAACAUGUGGCCUAUGCUUCUUAAUAUGACACGCGACGAAUGUCGACGGACGCUUAGAAGACUCGAAUUAGAAGCCUACUCGAGUAUGAUGACUGUGUUCAGAGCACAAGGGGAAUUAGAAGACAACAGAAAAAAGUUGCUUGAGGAACUACGCGCUGUUUUACAUAUAAGCAGCGAUCGUCACAACGCCGAGGCGCGUCGCGUGUCUAAUGACGAGCUCCUAGCUACAAUUGCAGAACAGUUGGUUGGUUCUAACACAGCUCUAGGAUGGAUCAGCGAAGGGCGGAGGCGGGUGCCUCUGAUGCCACGCGGUAUCGCACAGACCAUGUAUACAGAAUUAGCUGAUAAAGCUGCAGAAGCAGUUGCCGCCGAAAACAAGGAGAUUAAAAAUAGAGUGGAAAGCGAAAAAUUAAUUGCUCCCAAGUCAAAUGAGGAAGAAAUGCCUGAACCCGAAGUCAGCACUGCCGAAGGCAUUUCAAGUGAAGUUAUGGACGAAAUGUUGUAUCCUCCUAUUGCAAUGGAAGAUCAUACAACAACUAUUUGGGAAACAGAACUGAUUUGUCGCAAAAGAAAAAUCCCUGAGAGUGGAGCCAUGCCAGAGGAUGCACCACCUCCUAUCAAAAAUAUGAGAAACAUACCAGUCAAUACAAAUCAAAAGCAUCUGAAUUUAUCACAAGUGUAUUCACGCUUUUCACAGCCAGCAACAAGUAAAGCAACUGGUCACUCCAAACAUUCUUACAAUCAAGUGAGUAAAGUUUCAACUAGUAAAUCGAGCCAGCCGCACGCCCCGCGCGCUUUACAUAAACAACGCCCACAAAAACAGAAAGUCGCUUCCAAAGCACAAAAGAAAAAUCAAGAGCCCCCUCUAUCGCCCAGUAAGCAGUACCCCGGAUCCUUACAGGUCGAUUACUCGGGACCGCCGGGAUCUUUUCAGGCGAGCUACGCACAAUCUAUACUAGGUGGCAAAACGAAGGCUGACUACGCAGACGAAGUGAAACCAAAUGUGUUGUCUUCACCCGGCAUGGUUACGGAGUCCCCUACCAUGCACCUGUUAUCACAGCCCGCCACCGCGCCGCACGAGUUGGCCGAUAGCGUGCCCGACGACGCACCCACGCUGCAGGCGCAGGCCGCACAUCCCUCCAAACAGGUCGUCAGUGGAAAGCCAUGCCAUCUAAUAAUCAAAAAGCGUGGUGAAAUCACCACUGAUAAAAAAAUACAAAUGUCCGAAUUCAAAGUUAUACAAAAGCCCACCGACGAUAUAAAACUCAUUUCGAAUCGACCGUUACUCGCUUCUCCGAAUACAAUUCAGAGACCUGCAGGCACGCCUGGAAAACUUGUAACAACCAAAGUAAUCGGCUCCCUACCAAAACCUCGAACUCCUGGCUCCACAGUCCUGCCGCCGGAGAAAAUGAUCGUCGUGUCUAAAGCGUCAAUAGAGAACAGGUUAACGAAUUCUAGAAUUGUAAUCACAUCUUCGGCAAUAACCACACCGAGCAGAGAAAGCUCGCAAAUGACUAUAAGUAGCGUAUCGAAUCGGAGCAUCCAAACAUCGGAAGCCCUUACCCCAAAGGGUAUACCGGCCACCGACCUCAAAGUUUCUGCUAAGACUUUCGUUUUGAAUCCGAAGUCGGGGCAGAAGAUGGUAGUGGUUCCGGCUAAACCCAAUAAAGAGGGCCAGGUCCCAUUAUUUCACUUCAAAGGUGUCCCCACCGCUAUGAAAUUAGUGUCUGUCACUUCGCAAUCGAAUUCUCAACUUACAAAACCGACAGGUAUAACUGGUGUAUCGAAACCGGCCAUCGUUAACGCGAUACCUUCGAAUCCAAAAAUUGUCGGAUUAGAGCCAAUAAAAACUGCUAAUAUGGCUGACAUCGUUCCGGUUAAAGGUCUACCAACUAUUUCGACUCCCAAAAUUACUAACCCUAUUGUUAGACCUGUGAAUACUAAAGGUAAUCUAAUAGUCGUACAAAAAGGCGCUACCUUAGGUAAGACGCUAACGUUUUCAAAGAAUGGUAAUGAUGUUUCUAAAAUAAUAAUGGGUAAGAAUGUGAAUAAGCUGUUACAAACGUCAAAACCAGAUCAAGUAGAUCCGUCCAAGACGGGAAAUAUUAUAGUUUUAGAGCUCAAUAAUGAGCAGACCGCCCGAACUACUACUAUGUCUGAGAUAUUAGACAGCAGAAAUACAAAUUCUCCGUGUAUUGCUGAACAAAAUAAAUCAUGUCCCAUGCGAGAGAUAACACAGGACACUCCGGUGCUGUUUGAAGCACAAAUAACUCCUGAAACUUGCAACACCAGUAGCUUAGAUUCUACCACUAGUCUGCGGGAAAUGGAGCAUCUAGAGGAAUCUAGUUUAAGCUUAAUAGACAAAAGUGUAAAGGAUAAAUCUAGUUUUAGCAAAGGCGUUGACAUUAAAGAUAGUUCGAGCGUCACAGACUGGGAGAUGGACUUGGACACCUCAGGAAAGAGUAAAGAUGUCGACAAAUUGAAUUCAUUGCAUUUAGAUCUUGGUAUGUCGAGCGAUAGUGAAAAUGAAUUCAUCGUAGAAAGCCACAAGACUAAGAUCCCACACUUACCUGCAGAGAGGAUACAGAGCGUUACACCUACAGUAGAUAACCUUGAAAGGUAUAGCAAUUCAAGUGCUCUAUCCCGAACAACGAGGACACUCCUCAGUCAGCUCCAAGACGAGGGCUCUUCCAGUAAUGAUUCGUCGUUCGCAAUCAAAGCGAAAUGUUCUAAAGUAAAGGAUAGCGAUAUAAAAUUCGACAAAUCCGAAUCGGAAGCGCUAUCCAAGGCCCGAGCGAAACUUUCAGAGAAGGUAGCGGAAGCGAGGUCGCAACAAAAACGGAUAGAUGUGUACAGUACGGCGAUAACGACGUCCGAUAUCAAUUUGGACUCGUUCGCGUAUCUGGAUGAGAGUCUCAUGGCGGGAGACGACGAGUUCACGGCAGAGAGUAAGCGCGAGGUGCGCCCAAGCGAUGUGCUGGCAGACCAGCUCAGCCGGCUGCUGGGCGAUGACUCCGCCAACUCAGCAGACUCGCAAACUGUAAGUCAAACUUUGCCUUUACAUAAAAACGAGCAAUAACCUAGUUUUAAGGGCCGAGGCAGACCGCGUCUGCGUUGCAAAAAUCAUCCUACAAUAAUUUUAGUACGUUUAUAAUAUGGACCAUCGCACACCAAAAGCGGGCCGCAGCGUAAAAUACUGUGGUAUAACGUUUUCAAUACGAUGCGGCCCGCCGCGGCUGUAAUGUGCGCUUACCAUUAAGGCAAAUUGGUAAAAUAUUUCUUUAAAAUGUAAUAGAUCUUAACUAGAGUUCUUUUUUUGAAUGUUUUAGUUGCAGAAAUUGCUUUCACCCAAUUACAGAAACCUCGAUCGAACCUAACGUUCACUCGUAAAUCGUCGUUUUCUCAGAUUUAGAAUGUGACAUUACCAGACGACCCGCUCGUUUUAAUGACAAUACAUUUUCCACGUCGUCCGUGUUGGAGGUUAUUAGAGCGAAUUUGAUGCAAAAAUAUCAUUCGUUCUUUUUGAAACAAUUAACUUAAUUCUGCGGCUCGUCUUGUAAUGUGCGGUCAACUAACAUCUGAACUUGAUAAUCAAUCUAUAUCAAUAACUUCUCACUGAUGAAUAAAACUUAACCUUGUUUAUAAGCUGGCUCUACUAUUACAUUUUGAACUGAAACUUUUGGAUUAGAUUGAUUAUUGACUUCAGGUGUAAAUUUAUUGUGUCAGAUGGGAUUGUCAAAAGUCAAUUGGACUAGUUGCGUUUGCAUUGAAAGUAUUAUUACACA